UACACACUGUAAAUCUGUAGCAGCCAAAUAAACCUUAUACCGUAUUCAUCCAAGAUCAUUUCACAAAGUAAAAACCAAAGUUUAAAAGUAUUUUUAAAAAUAAAUUGUAUUUGAAAAAGCUGAGGCAAAAGAAUGUAAACCAAAGUCACCCCUGCCAACAGCAGCAUUAAACAUGAGCGCUCACACACACCUCUACAAGUUUAAAGUCCCGUGUGUUGCUCAUGGUGCCAACAGAUGAACUGAGAGUUAACAAUGGGUUCUUAUCAGGGAAAAAAGAUACAUUUAAAAUGGUAUCUGCGUUGCAAUAAGCAAGGUCCUGCUAUUAUACUUGCAUCAGGGCACUUCUCUGGUUAUUUGAAACAUAUGUUACUGGCCCUCCAUUCAAAAACAAACAAAAAUCACUAUUGAUUCUCCACGAACAAAUAUUGAAUAUAUAUUUGAGUUUGUUUCUGUGAAAUCUGUGCAAUUGUAACUAAUACUGUCAAAUAAAAUUAACCAGAAUAAAUUAUCGAAAUACAUUUAACCGGAGACAUUAUAUGAGAGGGAUGUCACUAAAGUAACUGAAAUACAAGGGAAAACACUGCAAUAGCAAACGUGGUAGAAUUAGGCUAUAACUUUCAGAGAGUUUUAAGAGAGUUUUUAACCGUUUAAACCUUAAUUUCGUCUCAAAGCCAGCAAAUUAUUUUGUGGAUAUAUUUAGAUUGGACUGGUAGCUACGCCUUGAGUUUUGGUAAUGGUUUAAAAUAACAAGUCAGAUAACUGCUUUGGGGUAGGCCUAUUUCAAGACGACUGCCCACUUGCAAGAAGCUUUGAGGCAACUGUUGUUGCGAUUUACAUAAAACUGAAUUGAAAAUUUUUAGAUUAAACGAGUGAAACUAGUCGACGUACUGAGGGAUUUGUACAGGUAGCGCACUGAAUCAUGGGAAAACUAUUGAAACUUCAAGUAAUGCCUUAACAGCAAGGGCACAUAUUUUAUUCGUAAGACGUAUUAAUACAUUAAUUAAAAAAAUAUCUUUAAAAGCAAGGUUUUGUGAAACUUUUAGUAUCUUUGUGUUUAAACGUAACGUGUUUCCUAUGUGUCCCCCGUGUUGAUUUUCCGCCGGUGACCUAUCUUCACCGCUUUAGUAUGUCCGGUUCCCGUCACAGUAUUGCUGUUGCUGCUGAAGUUACCAUUAGCAACUGGGCAGCGCCCGGCUCGACACCUUCCGACGUCGCUGAUGUUGUGCUGCCAAAUACAGUAGGUCGUUAACGUUUCCUUACUUUUCACUUGGGAUUUGUUUUAAAUAAUACCCGUUUGUAGAUACUUUAACGCUAAACAGUGAGCCCGAGAAGUAUCUGCGUUUACUGGGAGUUUUAUGUGCACGCUCUGCGGUUGUCUGGCCAGCUAGCUGAACGUGCUAGCUAACGUUAUCAAUAACCUGACUGUUUAGCUAGCUCACUGUGUGUGUGUGUAGGUGUGUGUGCACUUGUAGCAGUACGCGUGUUUGAAACGAAGACGUGGCCACUUUGAGGAAGUUUGCAGUGUUUUAUGACAUAUGGCUGAUCCCGAGCUACUACUUCUGAUUCAGAAAGCGACGUGUCCGUGUGUCAUGCCUUUGAUAUCUCAUCUGUCUAGCUGACUCGGCACGGCUCAGUUGCCAGUGUUGUCGGUGUGUGAGAGACUUCAGCUGCAUUCAGCUGCUUUAGCCUGGCGCGGAUGCGGUUUAAACCAGAGAAGGUUCCCAAAGGUGGCACAGGUAAUGCAGGUGCAGGGGCACGCAGACUUUCCUCCGUCACCCUUCUGUUGUACAGUCAUAAUGGCCACAGGGAGAGUCAGCAAGUAGGCCUGCUCAUUGUUCACCUAUAUAGCACUGUGCUAAAUAUGGACCCACCCCGCAUUUCUUUAUAUUUUGCUAGGAAAACGGAAAAUAGGUACAGCAAUUUAUGGAGUGAGAGAAGUUCACACCUGAGCCAAAGCUGCUGUUCUGCUGUUUCUCCUCUCAGCAUAUUCCUUUCCUUUUCCCCCCUUACUUCUCCCUAAGAGUCCACAUUCAGUCCCCAAAGACUGUAGUCUUUGUAGUGGUACAUUUAGUUCAUUUAAUGUUUAUAAAUCAGUUUCACUUUUUACUUUGAAUUAUAAUUAAAGUUUUUGGAAAACCUCUGAAUUAAAAGGAUAUAUUUUUUGUGUUUUUGUGUAUGUUUUUCAGCUUAGUUGAUUUUUAUGCAUAUGUAUUUAAUGUGGAUAUGGCCUGCUAUUUAAAUCAGUCACCAGUCUAUUAUCAUUCCAGAUCAGGAAAACAAGGGAGUAAACUCAUACUGGUUCAGGUGAUUUAUAACUUUCAGAACAACAUCAAGUGAGCGAUAAAUGAUUAGAUUGUUCUGGCUGCUGGUUUUUAUGUUUAGCCUGGUUGAAAGACAAAAGAUGACAUUGACAUUCAGUGGGUGUGAACGAGGAAAGGCAUGUUAAGUAUGUGGCAGGACAUGGCGUGAGAGCCUGUCACAGAGGUCUGAUAAGAAAAACUGGGCUGAACUUUCACGAGACCUGCAGAUACAGUCAAUAAAGCUGGGAUAAAUGGGCUAACUCAACAGCACAGGCCUUGAAAAGCUAGUGGAUGAUUUGCUGUUGAGGUGCUGGAGUGACUGGCGAUGGUUCACACAUAGGGUCCCACCGAGCAGCUCUACCAUGCUGCCGGGAGUCGGUGUAUUUGGCACGGGGAGUACGGCCCGAGUGCUGGUCCCACUGCUAAAAGCAGAAGGCUUUGAGGUUCAUGCACUGUGGGGGCGAAGCGAAGAGGAAGCAUGCUGCUUGGCAAAGGAGCUCGGCAUCCCGUUUCACACCAGCCGAUCUGACGACGUCCUGCUGCAUCAAGAUGUUGACCUUGUCUGCAUCUAUAUUCCACCAUCCAUGACAAGGCAGAUAGCAGUCAAGGCACUGGGUAUCGGUAAGAAUGUCGUGUGUGAGAAAGCUGCAACUGCUGUGGAUUCAUUCAAGAUGGUCACUGCAGCCAGAUACUACCCACAGCUGCUCAGCAUUAUGGGUAACACCCUGCGCUUCCUGCCAGCUUUUGUUGCAAUGCGCCAGCUGCUGGUGGAGGGAUAUGUGGGCGAACUGCAGGUGUGUGAUGUCCGAGUCUAUGGUCCGAGCCUGCUGGACCAGUCGUACGGCUGGACCUGCGAGGAGCUGAUGGGAGGAGGCGGUCUUCACACUGUUGGCUCCGCCAUCAUUGACCUUUUGAGUUACCUGUCUGGCACUCGGGCACACCGCGUGCAUGGUUUACUGCGGACCUUCGUGCAGCAAAACGGUUUGAUCCGAGGGAUACGCCGCGUCACCAGCGACGACUUCUGUUUCUUCCAAAUGUUGAUGGGUGGGACAGGGUCCAGUAGCGUGUGCUGCACUGUGACCCUAAACUUCAACAUGCCGGGGUCGUUUGUACAUGAGGUUAUGGUAGUUGGAUCCACUGGGAGAUUAAUUGCCAGAGGGACAGAACUGUAUGGGCAACGCAACGGGAGUAAAAGUGAGGAGCUGUUGGUAGGCGACAACGGCUGGGUGGGACCAGAGGUAAAAGAAAUGCCCCUGCCUCUCCUGCAGGGCCUGAGCUCCAUGGUGAAGGCGCUGAGGCAGUCUUUUCAGGCUAAGGAGGAGCGCCGGUGUUGGGCACGGGGACCAGUUGCCACUGCACCAACAUUUGAGGACGGUCUGUACGUGCAGACGGUGGUGGAGGCGGUGAAGCGGUCCAGCAGCAGCGGAGAAUGGGAGUGUGUUGAGAUCAUGAGUCAUGAACCUGAUCCAAACCAGAACCUGUGUGAGGCUCUCAAGAGAAACAAAAACUAGAUCUGUUAAUUCACCCAGUGCGACUACUGCAUGUCUGACAAAACGGAGCUCUGAAUGUUUCAAGUCCACUGCUUCGACCUUUUAUGUGACACAUGACUACUUGGCUUUUUUUUUUUUUUUUUUAACACUCUUGUCACAAUUUGAACAUAAUUUUUUUUUAUUUGACUGUGUUGUGAAUGCUUGAACCCUCACAGAUGUGAUUUGUUUGUACACUAAAUUUGUAAACCACAGCUCUAUUAUUCUGAUUCUCAACAGAAAACAUUACCAUAGCUGUAAAGCUCAUUUAAACGUGUUAAAAGCUCCCUGUGCCCCACCGGCAGUCACCUUACGCUGCCUUUAUUCUCAUUCUUAGCUUGAAGUUGCGGAGUCAUGAUUUCAGAUUUUCGGCUAAAAAAGGAUCUAGACCUAUAUUAGUUGUUAGCCAAUAGUAGAUUUUAAUUUUAAAAAAUGGUUUGAGGUUGUUGGGGUUUUUUUGUUGUUGUUGUUUUUCUCAACUUAUGAGCAGUUUCUUUUGAUUUAUUAAUAUAGAAAGAAAACAAUUAUGAAGUCUGAAUAAGUGCAUUACCCCUGAACAUCCCUUUUUUUCUGGUUAUUGUUUUUAAUAUUUUUUUGUUGUUGUUGUUUUUUCUUUUAAAGUUUGGGUAUCACCAGAGAGUUUGAGCUGAGUCUAAUAUUUCCAUGACCACCGGCUGGCUCGCUGUCUAAUAAACCAUGCGCCAGCAGAAACAGUUCAUUGAACCCUGCAAGAAGUCAGUGGUUUCAGGACUGAUUGAAAAGAGUGUCUCAGUCAUAUUUGAGUUUGUUUUGGCCCGCUGAUAACGUGAGAGGGAUUAAUGGGUACAGUAUGCCUAUUUUAUCUGAAUUAAUAGUCUCAGCUUGUAUAUACACCCUUUUUGAUGGUACAGCAGAGUUUUAGGAUUCAUAGAUAGUUAUUUUGUUGAGCCUUCAGCUCUGGGUCAAGGAUCCUUUCCCCCACUUUGCAAAUCCUGGUCUGUAAGUUUCAGCAUAUUGGUUGCAGUUCACCAGCUGGCGCCUGUGCUAAAAGUUUUGUACUGUAGCUACAGAAAGAUUUGUUCACUCACCAUUUUUCAGGUGAUUAAUGAUGCUGUGUAUUACUAUAGGGUAUAGGGAAACUGGAACACCAUGUGAUUCUCUACUGUAGAUAAAAUUUAGACUUUAAUAUGUUUGAAUGGAAAUAUAUUGGUGUUAAUGUACACUAACAGCACCUUUUUAUAAAAGAGGGAGUGUUUACCUCAGCCAUGACUGUGACCAUCACAGCAGCCGGGUGAUUUGACUAACAAAUGACCCGUUGUGAUUCUGAUAGAACUCAAAUUAGAGCAAGUAUAAUGGAGCUGUGUUCAGUUUACUUUCUAUUUUAUUUUUCACCAUGUAAUAAGUAUAUUUUAGACAUUUGAAAAAAAGAGGCUUAGUAAUGUGUUUGUUACAAAAUGGCCAUGACUUACAUGAUACCAGGGAUUGAGUAAAAUAAGCUAUGUAGAGAAUAAAGUAACAGUCUGUAGCAAUGCCCCUGAAUUCCCCACUGUAAAUGUAUACUGAACUAUUACUCCUGUAAGCUGGAAAAGAGGAUGUAGAAAGUGUGCAGUUGCCUGCUGCACAGACAGAGCAGCAGUCACAGUUUUACCAAAGUACAUUAUAAACAUUCAAAAUAAAAGCUCUACUCUAGGAUGGAUGACUCAGCCAUGUCCUGUUGCAUAACUGAAUUAUGCCUCAGGGAGUUUUUAGUGCAUACGCUUAGCACCUGUUUUUCCAUUUUGGACUGAUAGUAUUCCAUAAGGAUGUAGACCUUAUGGAAUACGAUCACCAUAUUAAAUUGGUAUUUCCAGUUUAUUUUGAUGUGUAUUUUCAUAGACAGCAUAACAGAUGAACGAAGCUUUCAAGUCUAAAAAUUGAAGCCAGCCUGGAAGUGCCAUAAACGGAAUUAUUUUUAAAGGCAAAACCUGCAAUACUGUGGGGGGAAUGACCAUUGAAUUUGACCUGUGUAAACACUCUCCUGUUGAGUCACUCAUUUUGGGUCACACUAAAUAAAUGAUUACGUCUGUUUUCUAAAUUUUGGUCAUUCUUUGUGUCAGAUAAAAAGAUUUUUGAGGGUAUGCUGGUUAGCUAGCAGCUUGUGAUUGGCAAGCUGUUAUGAGCAUCACAGUAGCUAUGUCCAUCUUUUAUACUGUGCAUGGAUUUAUCAAAUAGAUUAUAAGAUGACAACAACAUUGAAAAUAAAAGCUAGGAUGCUUAGGGGGAGUCAUUCCCACAUGCUCUGUUUGUUUGUUUGUUUGUUUGUUUGGGUUUUCUUCUGUGAUGUUUUGGGCAAACAAUGACUGCUGAGAUCAAACGUCAGUGGAUUAUUUGGAUUGUGUCUCAGGGAGUGUUUUGGAGAUGUUCUUGGCACCUGAUUUCCACUUCACACUGAUCAUAAUCCAUUUAACCAGAGAGCUUCUACUAGCCUACAGGCUGCAAAGCAGAAAAUUAAAGUAGCAGCCGGCUCUUCAUAGCAUUCACAGUGUUUAGUGUUAAACUCUGAGAUGUAUUUGAUUCAAAGCCUGAGUGGUUUUAAAGUUUGUGUUUAAGGUGUGUUUACAUUUGUUAAGCACUGAAGUAAACUGUACUUCUUCUUUUUUUUUUUUUAACACAUGUGGGGUCACCAGUCGUUCAGAAACUGUACUGAUGUUUUUAUUGAGUGAAAUCACUGGAUUUGAUCUGUGUGAAAGUGUAAAUGUGCUCCGAGCCAGACAAGCUUCACAGGUGUUGUAGUCGCUCACUGCUUCUUACCUCUGCUGACUAUCCUAACAAAUCGUGGCUUCACUGUUGCUAACGCUGGUGUGGCAGGAAGUGACAGGGGGUGUGUACUGCUUUGGUCUGGCGUGUCUGUCCCCUUCUUCAGCACCACGCAGGAUCUGCAGAUAUAAACAGAUGCCCGUUACACUCUUACUUCAUGCUGUCCCAACAGUGCUUUACAAAAACAGGAAGUUGAGUUUACAUUAAAUGUCUUUAUAAAACACAAAGCAUGUCACGUUUGCCUGCAGGAUGUUCCAUAAUCUCACACUACUAAAAUACAUUCCAGCAUUCAUCAUCAUCUUCUUAUCUAUAGUUGUUUUGUUGUUUUUGCACUGAGAAUGAUAUGAUGCCACAUAUUUAAUAAACAGCGUGAUGCAUGUAGCGUCCAGCCAGCUCGCUGAAGAACACUUUUUGUAUUUAUUUGUAAGCUCAAGUGGAGAAAGUUUGCCAUUUUUUUGUGUUUUCAGCCUGUGAACUUCUUUUUAAACCUGUUUUUUUAAGCACUAAUGUGUUGCUUUAAAGUAGGGAAACUGUAAUGCUCAUCUGCUUGACAGAUAUUUCCUUUAAUAAAAACGGCUGCCUUUGUUUAA